AUGCCCGCCCCGAAGCAGCCUAGCAGCGCUCCCACCGCCCAGCGUCGCCUUCGCCCUCGACUACGACUACGACUACGACUACCGACCCCCCGACCUGCCGACCGCGCACCUGGCAAAACAGCGAACCCAGCACCACCAGCACCAGCACAAGCACCACCAGCAGCACGUUUCAGACCCGUUAACCCCGGUUUCGCAUCCGUUUUCUCGAAAAACGGAUGUCGCGGUCGCUUUAUUAUGAGUGAGGUUGGGGCUGCCGACCGCUCCCGCCUUUUGCGAUCAAAACGCACCGAACUCAGGUACAUCAAUUCUGUCACUUAUAUCGAUCGAAUGCGCGCGGAGCCGCGCAUCGAUGCAUGCCAUUUGCACAUUGCUAACUUGGGUAGUGGAAUUGUUACGUCGCGCAAGAGGAAGCUUCGCGAGUUCUUUGCGGUUUGCGACACCGAAGGACCGCUGCCCCAACUCACUGGCUUGAAUCUCGACGCGCCCCCCGCCACCCCCGCUGAGGAGCGCUUCCUCGAUGUCAGCGACAUAUUAAAAGAUCGCCUUUUUGACGAGUCGAACCUCCCUACGCGUCGACAAUUACGCUCCAACACCCUGAAGCAAAAAUCAAAAUCCCCCUCCCGCAAACCCAGCCCGGAUGGGCGCACCAUCACGACGACGCGGAAGGCGAAAGCAUCGCGCGAUGGAUCUAGGGUGAGGAAGAGCCGGGCCUCCACACCGGGUGCGAGGAGUGAUGGAGGUCGAACCACGCCGGUAGUCGAGAUCGAUUCGAGUGCAAAGGCUCUGGCAGAGAUGCAGACUCCGAUGGAGAGAUCGGCCUCGAAGGGCUCGCAAACCGAACUCCCUGCCGAAUCAUCUGUAGUGCUGGACGAAAUUGUUGAGGAGACAUUCGAGGAGGCAAAGCAACCCCAACCGGAAAUGCCAGAUACGGUCAUGUCACCAAAGGACCUGGAGAGUGAUCGAAUUCGGGACGUGUUGGAGAGCGGACCUAAUAGUCCAGGCGUUGACCCCAGGAAAGCGAUGCCCAUUUCCACGGAUGAUUCCGCACAGUUAUUGGCGCCUGUUAAUGGAAUAACACCUCUUGAUCCAAACCACAAGGCUGUAACAGCCCAUCUCCCUCCAAAGGAAGUACAAGAACGACGCCUCAAUGAUGCGGAAAAGGCUCGCCAUGAAAAGGAGAAAGCACGCGCAAGGCUGGCAAUCAAUGUCUCCCCGGAUGGUGCCCGACCACCUGAACUUCUGUCUUCACCAGGUUCUACUGUCGGGGCACAGUCGGCUACAACACCCGCAUUGCAUGAUGCUUCGACGGAUACGAGCCCGGACAAUGAGAGCUCCCGGUAUGAUGUGGACAGGCUUGAGAAAGCAGAGGAACCUCAGACGCCGCCCGAAUUGAAACCCACCGCCAAGGAAGUUGCCGAAAAAGAGGAACACGACAGAAUUCUCGAUGCUCAGAUUGAGAUCGCGCGUGCUGACAUUCUUGCCAGUAGUCCAACCGCUGCUGAUAACCAGUUGCGGAUGGAGGAGCAUGCUGCAUCACUAAAUGCAGCAGAUGAGCAGAGAGAUGAGGCUCUAGGAGAUGCGGAACCCGUGGUAGCCCAUGAGACUACGGAUAUGCUCACCAAGGAUGCGGCUGAGGUUGUACGGGAUGUUGUUGAAGAUACGGCUCCCGCUGCUGACACCCCGGCUGAUGUCGACGUAGUUAUGUCUGGGGUGGAGGUGCCUAGCGGGGAGCCCAAUGAGCCAGAGGCCAAACAGCCAGAAGCUAAAGAGCCCGAGGUACCCGAUUCAGACGCUGCAAGCCAGAUGCCCGCCGAAGCUAUAGAAGUCGAUGCUACAACGGUCAAAGAUUCGUUUGAGAGCAGUGAAGCCAUUGAGAGUAAGACUUCAACUUCGCCGGCUGCCCCUGAGCAGAUUGAAACAGUUGAAAAACCAGUCGUUGAUUCGAACAUCCCUUCCGAUACCUUACCUACUUCCAUGCCUCGAAAAGCGUCUUCCACACCUAGUGCAACUCCUACCGUGGAACGCAUGACCACGAGAGUUUCCUCAGGUGCUAUGAGGCACAAAUCCGUGUCUGAGAUUUUGGGAGAAAUACCAAGACCAAAUACCGCUUCUAUUUCGGGCCGGAGCCUCGCAAAAGGUGCCACCGACUCUGCUUUGACUGAAUAUUCUACAUCUCCAUCACGAAGCUCAACACCACAGUCCCCAGGAGCUCGGAUACGGACCCUGAUUGACAAGGCAAAGGAACGAGAGCGAAGCAAACUCUCAACGGUGACUUUCUCUCGUCGUCCUCUUAAGCCAGGUUCAAAUGAUACGGCGUUGAUGCCAGCCGGCUCCCAGGCCGCGAAAGCCCCAAAGGAGGAUUAUUUAAAGCCGCUUUUUAUUGCUACCGCCACGACUGACAAGAGGGGUAUCCCAGCUCUGGACAGCUUAUUAGGCUCGGCUCACAAAACCAUUACAACGUCUAAUGCUUACGUCCCUAUACUUGAAAGCCAAACAACAAAGGUUCUCAAGCGCAUAUACAACUUGCAGUCAUCAAAUAAAUGGUCCCUGCGGCAACCUAAGCGCACCAUUGAACCGAACAGACCCACCACACAUUGGGAUGUUCUGCUACAAGAAGCGAAAUGGAUGCGAACGGAUUUUAGAGAGGAGCGGAAAUGGAAGAUGACUGUGGCUAGCAACUUGGCAUCCGCUUGUGCAGAAUGGGUUUCAGCCAGCCCCGAGGAUCGUUUAUUCCUCCAGGUCAAGGCUGCUCCACCAACGGAGUUACCUCUACCAGAAGACACUUCAAAAGACACCGAAAGGGGUAAUUCUUCGAGUCAAGACGCUUCCCGUUUGACCCCUGACCUCAUCCAUUCAGGAGAAAACGACUCUUCACUAGAUGAUUUUGAUGAGGAACCUCGCCUGGAUCUUAUGGAAACUGUGAACCCAACAGCAAUAUUUGGUCUGCAGGAUGACGAUGUGGUCUUCGCACUACGAAGAUCACCGAUGGCUGACAAGUUACUGGAGGAAUUGCCAAUGUAUGGCGCCCCGCUUGUAGUUCCACAAUCGGAGUUGCCGACUUCGGAUCUUGAUCCUGAUCGCUUCUGGAGGAGACCUGCUCUUCCCUUAAGCAAAUAUGUCGAAGGCCGAAUGGAACUGAAAUCCGAGCCACCUCCAAAGAAGAGGAGCCGUUUCGAGUACGACGACGAAGAGGACGAUGAUGACGAGGUUGUUUUCGGGCAGCCUGGACAUAAGCGGCCCAUACUUCCACCAGAGCAGACCGAUGUUGCAUUGUUUAACCCGGAGCAUAAACAUAUCCUAGACCGCAUGCACUCAUUGCAUCAGUUCCGGCCCCCAUCCGAAUUUCCAAUGCCGCUUCAGAGUUUCUUUGAGACUAGAGUUGCCUCACAAUGGACCUGGGACGAAGACAACGAGCUCCAGACCCUCGUGCGGGAAUACUCAUAUAACUGGUCGCUUAUUUCAAGUAUGCUGACAAGCAAGUCUAUGUUUUCGUCCGGUGCGGAACGUCGCACACCUUGGGAAUGCUUUGAGCGCUGGAUUCACCUGGAGGGCUUGCCGCCUGACAUGCAGAAGACUCACUAUUUCCGGGCGUAUACAACUCGCAUCGAAGCAGCCAAUCGAAAUGUUACGGCUCAGGCUCAAGCUCACGCCCAAGCCACAGCACCCCAAGCCGGCGCAAAUGGUCAAAUUCAGCCGCCGCCAAAACGGCGGACGACUGGCAGCGUGAGGGUUGAGCGCCGCCGUAAUCAAAAGCAUCUAACCUUGGUUGAUGCAAUGAGAAAGCUCGCCAAGAAGCGUGAGACUAGUAUCCAGAAGCAAGCCCAAGCUGCAGGCAUGGCUGCGCUACGGAAGGCUAAUGAGAACAACCAUACUCCACAACGAGGCCCCAUCCAUACACCACAGGACUUCAGUCGCAUCAAGCAUGAGCGUGAAGAACAGCUCAGGGAACGAAUGAUGCUGAUGCAACAGCGGCAGGAGGCUCAAAAACGGGCACAGAGGAAUGCUGCCCAAAAUCCACAGCAAGGAGGAAUUCCUCCCGGAGGACCUCAAGCGCGUGGUAUGCCAUCUGCCGGCGGCCCAAUGGCGCCAAACGGAACGCCUAAUGUACCUGGGCAAAAUCUUACCGUACCUGGCCAAAACAGGCAGCCUCGUCCUAUGCCCCAGAUGGGCCAACCUAUGCCUAAUGGUUUGCGAGUACCUCAACUCCCGAUGAAUGGCAUGUCACCUUCUCCGAUGCAAGCGAUGCAAGGCCAAAUGCCAAUGCCUAAUCCAGCUGUCAGCGUCGGGCUUAUCAACCAGGCAGCUCGCACGGCCGAAGAGCAGCGUGCGAUGAUUCAAAUGCAGCAACAAGGAAAGCUCCCCGGACAAUCCCCUCAAAUCCACAAUUCUCCUCCCCGCAUGAAUGGAAUGCCGCAGCCGGGUUUCCAGAUGCAAAAUAUGAUGGCCUUCAACGCAAACGCAAAUGGCAUACCCACUCCCCCAAUCAACGGUGUGGUCCCAUCAUCCAAUCAAGGCCAUGGCCAAGCGGGUUCUCCAAGGAUAGGUCAGCAGCAUCCACACUCCCAGGAAUCUCAAAAUACCCACAUCGCUCGUCUGGAGGCACAUUUUAAGAAACAAUAUCCGAAUGCAACCCAGGAUCAAAUCAUGGCUCUGAUGACUGAUGCUUUGAAGAGGAACGUGCAGAGCAAGCAAGGACUGGCACAGAGUGCAAUGAAUGCGGCGGCAGGUGCCGGAACCCCCAUGGGUGGCAUGAAUGGACAAGGUCCGAGGAUGCCAGUUGGAGUUGAAAGUAGUCCACAAUUAUACGCUCAAAUGUUACGGCAACAGCAGGAGAAUCAGCAGAAAGCAGAGCAGGCAAGGCAGGCAGCAAAUAUCAUGGCGGUAGCUCAAGCUCAAAGUGGCGGGGUGACAAGCAAUGGCCAACAGGGUCAGGGUCACGCACAUAGAAAUAGCUCGGGGAGCGUACAGAGUUCGAAGUAG